AUGUCUACAACCACAAGACAACAUGAGCAUCCCGAGCUGAAGGAACUUCCACAAGGUGUGGGAAAUUACGUGGCAGGCCCAGAGAUCGGACGGGGCUCAUUCGCGACUGUAUAUAAAGGACAUCACAAGAAGAUAUUUCCUCUAAUACUUCCCUCUCACAUGUACACCGUGUCUGUACAGGCAACCCGCGAAGUAGUGGCAAUAAAAUCUGUCGUACUCUUAAAAUUAAACAGAAAACUUCUGGAGAAUCUCGAGUCAGAAAUAAGUAUACUCAAAGGAAUGCGACACAACCAUAUCGUCCACCUAGUCGACUGCCAGAAAUCCGAAACUCAUAUUCACUUAAUAAUGGAAUACUGUUCCAUGGGUGAUCUGUCGAAUUAUAUCAAAAGGCGCAGAGAUGCAUCUGUUUCAGGAACAGUAUCACAUACGCGAUCUAAUGCGCCUAUAGGGCUUAGUGAGCAUGUUGUACGCCAUUUUUUAAAGCAGCUAGCGAACGCGUUGGGUUUUCUUCGAUCACAAAAUCUCAUUCAUAGAGAUAUCAAACCACAGAAUCUUCUCCUACAACCUCCAUCUCCAAAUCCAGACCCAACGCUGAUCGGUUCACCGGACCUUCCAAUCCUCAAAAUUGCCGAUUUCGGCUUUGCUCGUUUCCUACCAAACGCCAGCUUAGCCGAGACACUUUGCGGAUCGCCGUUAUACAUGGCGCCCGAGAUUCUCCGCUAUGAAAAGUAUGAUGCCAAAGCCGAUCUCUGGUCCGUCGGCGCAGUGCUAUAUGAAAUGGCUACUGGCAGACCACCAUUCAGGGCUCAAAAUCAUAUUGAUUUGUUGAAAAAAAUCGAACAGGGAGAAGACAAUAUUAAAUUCCCAGGCGAUUCGCCCGCUACAUAUAAUGUCGGCAAUACGGAUGGGGCCAGUAAAGCUACCUUAAAAGGGAAAGUACCUGCGCAUCCAGGGAUAAGCGAAGAACUAAAAGAUUUAAUAAGACAUGUACUUAAACAAAACCCGGUGGAAAGAAUAUCAUUCGAAGAAUUCUUCAUGCAUCCCUGCGUGUUAGGAGACAUUUACCCGCGACAGGCGGGCUCUUCUCGGAUAAAACAGUCUGAACAUCGUAACCCGUUACCCGCUACAGAUAAGUCUUCUCGUCACGUACGAGACCGGUCUAUAUCUUCACCAGCAUUGGUCGGCUAUCAGGAUGAAUCUGAAAGGAGGGAGAAGGAGAGAGUGCCGACCGGGGGGAAAAAUGGGCGGAUAAGAGAUAGUGGAGGGAAGGGAUUGGCAACAUUGGGUGGCGCGAUUGGAAGGAAAGUGUCAAAAGAAAAUGUCAGGCAGCAACAACAAUCAUCGCAGCAGCCUGGAUAUUCGCGCGCUCACCGUCAUCAGCAAAACCCUCCGGGUACAUAUAAUUACCAUUCCCAAAAUUCUCCAACCGAUCGCCUCUCUUCUUCGCCCCAUCGCCAUCUCGCCGAAAUGCAACGGUCAUCCUACAAUCGUUCCCCUUCUCCUUCCUUACUUGUUCAACAGGCAAGCCAAUAUAUUGAUUUUUCCAAAAGGCGGUCAUAUAGUGAUAGCAUUUCAAAUGGCUCAAAUGGAGUGAACGGCGAACGUAACGGAAAUGUGAUACAUGGAGGAAAUAACAUUGAUCAAACUGACGAUAGUUGCCUCCGUCGUCGCGAUGAAGAGAUUGCAUUCGAGCGAGAGUAUGUCGUGAUUGAUCCAAGCCAGAUUGAUGUUAAUGCUUUUGCUGAUGAACUUGCAGCAUCUCCCAAAACGAACCCAAUUGGCAUACGUCGCAACCGUAAACACUCUUCCUCCUCUUCUGGUUCUUCUGCACCACACACGCAAGGAUAUCCGAUCUUUGACUUCCAAAAUCGCCAUGCACAACCGAUACCAACCAACACAACUUACCUCUCUACGACUCCACCGUUUGCAAUAUCUACUAGUUCUGAGAAAUUGGAAUCAGCCGGAAGCUCGGGAAGUGGAGCGUUGGCAGAGGCAUUAUCGAUUGCAGGGAAGAGAUUGUUUGGAAGUAGUAAUUCACCACCAAAGUUUGGAGGAAAAGAAGCUAGGAGGAAGUCGAAUGCCAUUAUGUUACCAGACGAAGACAUUGAUCCGAAAGAGGAAGCAGUAGUGAAAAUCAUACAAGAUGCUGCGAACAAAGCAUAUGUAGUCUACCGGUUUGCCGACAGCAAAUUCCAUCAACUGCUCCCUCCACUUCCAACCGCAAGUAGUAUAACCUUGGCUGAAAGUCCAGUCACAUCUCCCGAGGUUACAGCUGUCCUAGCAGAAGAAGCACUGGCUCUCUAUCUAAGAGCAUUAAGCAUACUUCAAUCAGCAAUGAACACUGCGAAAGAUCAUUGGAAUGGGUUACCCGAGUAUUCUGGACACAAGACAGUCUCACAUAAAUUUAAUAUGGCUGUUCAAUGGGUCCGUGUUCGGUUUAACGAAUGUUUGGAAAGAGCCGAGUAUGCCAAGUCCAAAUGUCGCACUGAUGAUGAGAAUGCUGCGGAGGUGUUUCCGGAGAAGCUUUUGUAUGAUAAAGCAUUAGAAAUGAGUCGGUCAGCUGCUGUUAUUGAAUUGGUAGGGGAAGAUCUCACUACAUGUGAGCGCACUUACCAGAAUGCCAUUUAUAUGCUAUGUGCUAUUCUGGAUUGCCAAGAUGAUGAAGAGGGGAUGGAUGAAGAAGAUAAACAAAUAUUAAACAAACUUAUAAUCUCAAUUCAAAAUCGCCUUGUAUCUUUACAAAAGAAACUUUCGCAACCAGCACAUGAUGAAACACUUGCAGCGUAA